AUGGCGUUCAUUCCAGGGCGAAUGGCUGUCCGCACUCUUUUCCAGCCACUGAAACAACACCAGGCUUCCCGCGUGGUGCUUUCCAUGGCGGAAGCGAUUGAGAUCGCCAUGCCUGCUCUGUCCUCGACCAUGACCGAAGGGAAAAUUGUGGAAUGGACUGCCAAAGUAGGGGACAAGAUCAAAGCCGGGCAAACCAUCAUGGUGGUGGAAUCGGACAAGGCCGACAUGGACGUGGAAGCCUUCGAAAGCGGGUACGUCGCCGCGAUUCUGGCCAAGGCCGGGGAGGCGACCCCGGUGGGUGCGCCUUGCGCCCUGCUCGUUGACAACGAGGCCGACGUCGAGAAGGUCAAGGCUGCCCUGGCAAGCGGUGCGAGUCUAGGAGGUGGUGUCAGCGCUGCCCCGGCGUCUCCUCCGCCCGAGGCGGCGGCGCCCCCGGCGGCUGCGAACGCGCCGUCCAAGCCGACGUUUGACUUUGCGGAGGUGGCCAUGCCUGCCUUGUCCUCGACCAUGACCAGCGGGAAAAUCGUGGCUUGGACGGCCAAAGUGGGCGACAGCGUGAAAGCGGGCCAGACCGUGAUGGUGGUGGAGUCGGACAAGGCGGACAUGGACGUGGAAGCCUUCGAAGGCGGCGUACUCGCCUCGAUAUUGACGGGCGAAGGAGAUUCGGCGAAGGUGGGGGACCCCGUCGCCCUCUUGGCAGCCAAAAAGGAGGACGUGCCCGCCCUCCAAGCCUACGGCCAGGCGCUCAAAGCCUCAUUAUCC